AUGUCUGUGGAUAAACAGAAGUCAUGGAUUUGCCCAGCAUGCACGAUCCUCAAGCCUAAGCCGAAGGUAAAUGAUCAUACUCCCAUACGUAACACCAGUGCUACCAGAGCAAAUAAAAGACCGGCAUUGGCGUCCCCGCCGCAACCGUGCUCGACUUUAUCAAUUGAACGAGAACACAUUGGUAGAACAAUCGAAGAGGCAAUUUCAAAGCAUAUGAACGAUCUGUUCCUUAAAAUUAACAAAACCAUAUCCGAGACUAUUAACCGGCAACUUAAGCCUAUUAAGGAGGAAAUGUCGGAAAUGGCGGCCUCCAUGAGUUUUUUGAACCAACGUUGCGAGGACAUCGUUAGGGAGUUUGAGGAGUCUAAGCGGAAUAUAAAGAACCUGAUAGCGGAUAGUUCGAAGAUGAAAACCUCUUUUGACGACUUUGGCACGCGCUUGAGCCAGCUGGAACAACACGCCAGGUCUUGUAACUUGGAAUUACAGUGCGUGCCGGAGAAUAAGAAGGAGAAUCUCUAUCAGAUAGUCACCAAACUGGGUAAUGUAGUGGGUUGCGAUAUCCAAGAAAAAGAUAUCCUGAAUUGUACCCGCACAUUCAAGCAAGACCAGAAAUCGGCACGUCCUCGAUCAAUAGUUGUACAACUGGGGUCGCCUAGAAUCAGAGAUCGGAUCCUUGCAUCGACUACAAACUACAACAAAACUAAUCCCGCCAACAAAGUGAACAGCUUGCUGCUGGGCCUUGCUGGUAAAACGACUCCUAUCUUCGUGACUGAACACCUAUCUCCGGCUAAUAAAUCUCUGCAUGCUGCUGCUAGAGUGAGAGCUAAGGAGAAGGGAUAUAAACACGUUUGGGUGCGAAAGGGAAGGAUUUUUGUAAGGAAGUCUGAUGGAGAUGAGUAUAUCUUGGUGAGAAAUAUGUCAAGUUUGGAAAAGAUUGUUUAG